AAAAUGAGUUAGAUAAAAGAAAUAAAAGUAGUUCUAUUAGGGGAUUCAGGAGUAGGAAAAAGUAGCCUUUUGUAUAGGUUUGUUGAGAAUGAUUUUUUUGAAAAGGGUUAACCGACUUUGGGAGCAGCAUUUUAGAGCAAAACAAUAUUAAUAGAUGGAAAAGCGUUGAAAUUUUAGAUAUGGGACACAGCAGGUUAAGAGAAAUACAAAGCAAUAUUGCCAUUAUAUUACAGAGGUAUGUAAUAAGUAAAUUAGAGAUGCAAAAGUAGCACUUUUGGUAUAUGAUGUGAAUGAUUAACAAAGUUUUGAAGGUGUGAAGGAAUGGUUUAAGUAAUUGUAAGAAUAGGGACCUUUGGAUUAAAGUAAAAAUAAUACAAUAGUGAAGUUAGAGCGAUAAUAGGGAAUAAAUGUGAUUUGGAAUAGAAAGUAGAAGAUGAUUUGGGUAAGGAAUUGGGAAGACAAUGGAAUGCAAUAUUUUUUAAGACAAGUUGCAAAGAUAACUUAGGAGUGCAAGUAUUGGAUAGAAUAAAUUUAGGAAACAUUUUUAUAAAUAGGAGAACGAGUAUUUAAAGAGUAAUUAGCUGAAGAGCAUAGAAAAUCAAAUAGUGAAAAUGCGAACUCUACUUUGAAGAUAGGUUCUUAACAAGUGAGCAAUAAAUAAAAACAAGAUAAGGGUUAAUGUUGUUGAAUAAAUUAUGCAUACAACAAUAAAUGUUGUUAUUUAAUAGAGA